UAAAUAGAAAAAAAAUAACAUAAAGUAGCAAAAAAUUACUAUUUCUUUUCGUCGUGAAAUAGUGAAAUACUAUUGAUUUCGCGUAUUGAUAUGAAUAAUAUACGUGAAAAUAGAAAUUAAAAUACAGGAUAAGUUAUCGAAGAAACGAAUCGACUUUUCCAACACGGUCAGAGAAUACACAAGAAUAUAACCUCCCAUGUUGAAGCGUAACUGAGCGUAACCUAAAGAUGCAAGUACGAACAUUGUGUCUCUCGCAGAAUUUUUAGAAAAAAGUUCUUUUACGAGCGAAUGUAUAAAUAAUAGUAUAUAUGAGAAAAUUGGAAUCGUCAACAAUCGUCAACGACAUCGCGAGAAAAUUUCUCUGAGUGCUUCGCCAAGUACUUGACUAUUCGGACAAGUUUGUUUGAAACAAUGUCAGACGAUGAAGACUACAUGUCUGAUAAAUUCUUACAAAAUUCCGAGCAACGCGUCUCGUCGAGUCUUAUAUACAAGCAUUCCGAUAGAAGAGAAUUUGCAUUGAUGAAGAAAAGGGCUGAAAUGGAAUCUAGGAUAAAGGAACAAAAUAAGUCGAUACGGAUAGUCGAAGCGGAAAAAAGGGAGGAAGGCUUGUCAUCUGCCAUCACUAGCGCAAAUAAAGGGUUUGAAAUGUUAAUGAAGAUGGGAUACAAACCUGGUCAAGGAAUAGGCAAGACUCAAUCGGGAAUGACCGAACCAAUUCCCGUGGAAGUGAAGGCGGGUAGAGAAGGUCUGGGAAAAACGCUAAAGAAGAAUUCGCACAAACGUGAGAACACCAAUGCAAAAUUAGAUAAUAUAGACACCAGGGAUUUCCGUAGCAGAAUAGCUCAAGAAAAGAUGGAACAGCUGCAGAAGAUUGAUUUAUACAAAAGUCAAAAGGUGUGCCAAGAAUUAGAUACUAAAGAUGCUAUUGAAAAACCUCAAGAAUCGUGGUUUUGGCCAGAGACCAAAGAAGAAAAAGAAGAAAAAGAAAGCGAUGAUCUCGACGAUGACAUUGAGGAUGACGAAACUCUCAGCAAUUUAGAAAAGCUUGAUAUUCUUACUAAGCAUUUAAGAAAGAAAUACUUUUAUUGCAUCUGGUGUGGAACCAAAUUUAACGACGACGAUGAUUUAAAAGACAGUUGUCCGGGAAGUACAAGAAGCGAUCAUUAA